GUUGUUAGACGACAAGGACAAUCCUACUUCUCCUUCGAGGCGGCCAGGAAUGACAGCCUUAUGAACCACUAUAACCGGUGUCUCAGUCUCGGCUGGUUAGCCAACAUUGAUAUCUCCCCCUGUACCAGCCUUCAAGCUGUGAUUAAUUAUGCAGCCAAGUAUUGCAGUAAGAUGGAGAAGCGGACUGACAGUUAUGCCAGCAUGGGCCGGCAAAUCUUGCCCUAUGUCUCCCACCAGAACCCACUUCUAUCUUUUGCCUCGCAGAUUUGCCAUGUCUUGCUCAACUGCGAGCUGCAGGAGGGUACCCGUGUUAUAA